AUGAUUUGGAAGAUGAUGAAGAUUCUAUGCAAGAUGAAGAUCACAAAUACAGAUGAGCCUCAAUUCUUUUCAUCAUCUUCAUUCUCAUGGAAUCCUUACGAUAGAGACUAUUUUCUAUUUGCAGACUCGAUUGAUGAAACUACCAAAAGUCAAUACACUGAAAAACUAAUCAAACAUGGUGCCCGUGUUGUUAGAUCCAAUGUCGAAUCAUUCAUUAGAGUAUUAAUGUAUGCCAAGACUCAUCGACCAUCCAUUGGACCAUCUUUUGAUUUUAAAUCACUUUUGAAAAAUGGAAAACCAGAAUCAGAAUGUCGAAAUGAUUUAACAGAAGAAGAGAAUCGAGUAUUGACAGUCCAAAGAAAUGGAAUGACCACUUUUGAAAUGGAAAAUAGUGCACUAGUUCUAAUAUGUACAAGAGAAGAUCUCUUACAUCCAUCUCCACUAUUGAAAUUGUUUCGUGCUUUUACGAAUUGUUUGGACUCUACUCAUGGCAUUAUAGCUAGCAUUGAUUUUAUUGAUUUAUAUUUAGUGAAAAAUUCAAGUGUACAUUCUGUGGCUUUAGAUCCACAAAAUCAUUUUCGUUUCGCAUAUCCUUUUGAUUUUAAUUCUUCUGUAUUUCUAUUGUAUGAAAGUGAAGAAAGUAAGAAGAAAAUGGAAGAAUUUUUCAAACAUAUGCAAGUCAAGAUUUUGGAUUUGGAACAUUUUGGAUCAUCAAAAAUUUCUGAAGAGGAUGAUGAUCAAUCAAUGAUCACUCAUGAUGAGAAGAGUAAUGAUGAUAUUCAUGAAAAAUAUGAGAAAUGUGAGAAACAUGAUAAUGAUGAAAAGAAGAAACAUGAUGAUCAUGAGAAAUAUGAUCAUGAGAAGAGUGAUGAUGAUCAUGAGAAGAAACAUGAUCAUGAUGAAAAAGAUGAUCACAUUGUUCCUCACUUUUAUACACCUAUUCACAUUGACAAAUGUGUCACUGUGGUUAGUGACAAUUUCUUUACUCUCAAAAAACCAACAGAUUUAACUCUGCAAGAAACAACCAUCUUACAUUUUGCAACUAGAAAUCCCUUGUACAAAUUUAGUUCUGUAUUAGAAGCAUUCUCUCAAGGAAAAAGAUGCCACUUUAACGAUACCUUGCAAUGUUGUAUGGAACUUCAACAAAGUAAUUUAUUGAAUUAUAUUCAUGAUUUCCCAAUCUAUGAAACUAGAAAGCGUACGAGACAUUUAAUAGAAAAUGUACAAUUGUAUGUGGAAUCCAAUCAAUCCAUGAUGAAAGAAUUACAAUCUCAUUUUGCAAAUUCUUCACAAGACCCUUCUUCAAACUCUUCCUUUAUCAUUUCUCCUCUCUUACCUCAAGACAUGAUUGUUCACAUUCUCAAAUUCUUAUCUCUCCAAGAGUUAUUGGAAUUUCGAUUGGUGAAUAAUUUAGCGAAUAUGAUGUGUCUACAAGAUAUUCUAUGGAAAGAAAUUUGUAUGAGAGAGUCCAAACAUUAUUCAUUUCUUCAUCCUUUAUUAACAACAACAACAACAACCACAAAUAUUCAUUCAAUGAAGAGUUCAACUGUGAUGAAUAGUAGUAAUGGUGGUAAUAAUAGUGGUAAUAAUAAUAGUAGUAAUAAUAGUGGUAAUAAUAAUAGUAAUAGUACUACACUAACACGAAUACCUUAUUAUGUGAUUUAUAGAAAUUAUAUUCAUCCAUUACUCGUUGAUUAUAAAAUCAUUCAUCGUCUAUUAUUACCUAAUCCUAUGAUGGAUACUACAACUACUACGACUGACAAGAAUAGUAGUAGUACCACUGUCGAUACGAUUGACGCUACUGGUCAAACUACUACUACUACUACUACGACUGCACAUACAUCGAGUGCUGGCUCGUCCAACAACAACAUGACAGAUCUUGAUGAAUACCUUGAUAAUGAUGACCAUGAACACGAGGAUGAUGAAUAUAUUGAUAAUGAUGACCAUGAACAUGAUAUCCCUCUCAAUGAUGAUCAAGAUCACACUGAAUACUCUCUCGAUGAUUCAGUCAUUCUUGAAAACAAAUUGAAAUCAUGCAUUACAUCAGCCUUAUUUAUUGAUACAAAAUUGGUUUUGGACAAAUCCAUUCCCAUUGGUUCAACGAAAAUGUGUGGUAACAUUGAUCUUCCAUGUUCAACCAUUUCCUAUGGAAAUAUCAACAUCUUGCAAAAUAUGAAACUUGUUCUUCAACUUAACAUUGAUGAAAUGAAACAGAACGACGAUGAAAUUGCAUUGUCUCUCUUCAAUUUCCAAAAAAGGACAUGUCAUCUAUUUCCAUCGACAGGUAUUUUAUACUUGUUAUGUAAUCCCAAGACCAAUGAGGGUUUAGUAUUACAUUAUGAAGGAAAUAUUCAAACACUGAAACGUAUUGGAGAAUUAGAAUAUUCAUUUCAAGUCAAAUUCUAUGAAGCUCUUAGUCUUACAAGAAAAUCAGAAUAUUAUUGGACAAGGAAUGUUUUUGAAUUUCAAUCACUCUUUCACAUGAUGGAUCGAAUGGAAGAUUUUGAUCAAAAACUUUCACAAUUCAUUCAUGCUCCAUUCUGUUUAGGUGAACCUCACAAAUUGUUUGGUACAUUACCAAUGUUUACAAUGGAUCAAUGGUUUUCAGAGGAUGAACAUUACACUCAAAUUCAUGGAAAUGCAUUUCUAGAUGUGAAUUCACUCUUGAUUGCCUUGUUCCAAAUUUCACAGGCGUGUGAAGAUGGAUCUACAUUUUUGAAACCAUUACCCAAUGCAAGUCAAGGCUUGAAGUGUGCUCAAAUUGCUUUGGAUCGAGAGAGUGUGGGACAAGUUCCUAGUUCAUGA